AAAACGAUUAAGAAAAAAGGAGAGUUCGGCUUGAUGUUUAUUUUAAAUCGUUUAGAUUGUUUAUUUUAAAUUUACAGUGAUAAGUUCAGAGAAUAAUUGAGAAAUUUGUGAUAAUAUUGAGGAAUAACAAAUUAAAUUUUUACUGAGUACAACACUGAAAAACCGAAUUAAUGUGUUGUCAAAGUCAACUGUCAUAGUCUCACUUCCAUCUUCCAUCUUCACAAUCCGCUCCAACUUCACGCCGCACCGCACUACCCACUUGAUUUUUUGUUUUAGAAAAAGGCACGAAAAUGGCUGGAGACUCAGUUGAUGCUUCAAAGUUAACCGGUAUGAGCAAAAUUUUCAAUGGCUCUACCAUGAGAGGAAGGGCAAAUGUUGCCUUAGCCACAUAUGCCAGUGUUGGACUCCUAAUCGCCUAUUUCUCACUGAAACCAUCAAAACCCAAGGCACCAAAAAAUUAGUCUAGUAGUCUAUUCCGUAAUGUUACUCUAUAACUAUGUACAUGUUUAAUAAAACUUAAAAUCUCAA